CACUUCCUUCGAACGCAGAAAAUUAAUAUUUAUGGUUUUUCGGACGAUUUGGCCCAAUUUUCCCGUGAAAAGUUGCCCAAAAAGCCCCCAAAUCGGACAAAAAAGCGUUAAAUGAAGGAAGUUUCGCACCAAAAGUAUUUAAAAAAUCGUUUCCCGGAGAAAACAAUGAUGUGGCUCCAGUUCAUGUAAAUUCUGGCGAUAAGAAUUUUGCCGUUCUAGUAUUUAUUGAUAGCAAGUAGCACGAUUUUACGUAAAAAAAUAGUAUCAACGCGACAUGGCGGAACGUUCUCAAAGCCACAUUGCUCUCAUGCUGGGCAAUGUGAACGAUGGAAAGCCAGUUAAUCAACGGCGAAGCUGGAAACGGGUGUGGAAUGGCCUUUCACGGUUUCAAAAGAACCUCAUUUUCACCCUAAUUGCCGCAUUUAUCUUCACAAUAUUUUUCCUACUGCCGCAACAUAAUCAGCAGAACGCGCACAGUGAUGACGGCAGGGCCUCGCAUCACCGUAUCAACAAUCAGAAUGUAGUUCAAGUAGCGAAACAAGUGUCUGCGUUCGAGGCCAAUCAGUAUGAAAAUGAUGAAAAAUCGCGCGAUGAUGACCAGCCCGCUAAAAAUCGCGAACCAUCGGAGCGUGAAAAUCGUCCGCUCGCAAAACCAAACAACAUUAAUGACAUGAAUAAGAGUUUCCGGAACAAUUUUGUGAUGCCCGAGGCGGAUGAUGAUGCGGAAAAUGAGAUGAUUGACCGUCCAAAUGUCAGUGGAGGCGUUAAAGAGACGGCAAAGGACUUCAAGGGUCCCACAAAUGAUCGCCAACGUGCCACAGUGGAAGCUUUCAAGCAUGCCUGGCGCGGCUACAAGGAGUUCGCGUGGGGUCACGACAAUUUAAAACCCAUUUCCGAAGGAUAUCACGACUGGUUCGGGCUUGGCUUGACAAUUGUGGACUCUCUCGACACGAUGUACAUGAUGGACCUCCAAGAUGAAUUCGACGAAGCACGAAACUGGGUAGACCAACACCUAAAAUUUGACGUAAAUCGUGAUGUGAAUUUGUUUGAAGUCACUAUUCGGGUGCUGGGAGGUCUUUUGAGCUCGUAUCACUUGAGCGGUGAUAAAAUGUUUCUCGAAAAAGCCACGGAUUUGGGUAAUCGGCUACUUCCGUGCUUCGAUACCCCCUCGGGCAUUCCAUAUUCCGACAUUAAUUUGGAAACGAUGAAGGCUCAUGCGCCUAAAUGGUCGCCCGAUAGCUCCACGAGUGAAGUUACAACGCUUCAGCUGGAGUUCCGGGACUUGUCGUACAGCGUUGGCAAUCCGAUUUAUGAGCAAGUUGUUUCGGUGAUCAAUCGAAAAGUGCACGAAUUGAAUAAAAAAGAGGGUUUGGUGCCGAUUUUCAUCAAUGCUCAUACCGGGCAGUUCCGGGAGUAUUCGACGAUAUCAUUGGGAGCACGAGGAGAUUCCUACUACGAGUAUUUGUUGAAGCAGUGGAUACAAUUCGGGAAGAAAAAUGAUGAUUUUUUGAUCGAAGACUACAAAACCGCCAUCGAUGGUGUCCUGAAUCUCCUGGUGAAACGCACGCCCAAAGAAAAGCAUCUCUACAUCGGCGAACUGAUCAACAGCAAAGAUUUCAAGCCGAAAAUGGACCAUCUUGUGUGUUUCAUGCCCGGCACUCUCAUUCUCGGCUUCAAAAACGGCAUGCCCGAGUCUCACUUGAAUCUCGCGCGAGAUUUGCUCGAAACGUGUUACCAAACGUACAUGUACCAACCGACGCAUUUGGCACCCGAAAUCACGUAUUUCAACCUGAAUGGCGAAAGUGAGACCGAUAUGUAUGUCAAAGUCAACGACGCCCAUAACUUGCUGCGACCCGAAUUCGUCGAGAGUUUGUAUUACUUUUACGCUUUGACCGGAAAUAAAACGUACCAAGACAUGGGCUGGGAAGUUUUUCAGGCAUUCGAGAAGUACACGAAGGUCAAACAGGGCUACACGUCAAUUGGGAACGUGAAAAAUGUCUUGAACACGCGACCGCGCGACAUGAUGGAGAGUUUCUGGCUGGGCGAGACCCUCAAAUAUUUCUAUUUGCUCUUCAGUGACGACCGGAACGAAGUGGAUUUGGAAAAAUUUGUGUUUAAUACCGAAGCACAUCCAUUGCCGAUACGGGAAAUUCAGUAAAACCGAGGAAAAAACGCGAAAAUGUAUUAUAGAAACGUAAUGAAUAUCAGUGAUAUCGACCUAUUUGAUAUUAAAAACAACAUUUGAAGGGCUUAAAAAGAUAUUUUUGAAAUAUUUUGACUGUAAAUAAAAACUUAGUGUGUAGGUAGACAAGAAAUGUAGCACUUUCCCCAUCCUAUCUCCGAAAAUCUUCCUAUUUUUCGACACAAAUCACACAAAAAAUCAAUUUUUCUAUAAAAAAUGAUCAAAAAAUGUUUUUAAAAUAAUUUUAGAAAAACAAAAGAACACAAAAAAUGAACAAACUUAAUUAGUUUUUAAGUAUUUUUUAAAUAAAGUCGUCUGACUUGACCAAUUUCGUAAUUUUAAGUAGAAAAUUCUAAUUUAAUUUUAAGUUUUAAGAGAAUGUAGAACAAAUACCAUGAU